AUGUCAGCUACUAAGAAGAUCAAAUUAGAUAAAAUGGUUAAAAUCUGUACACAUUCCGGAUCAUUCCAUGCUGAUGAAUCCCUUGCUGUUUAUUUAUUAAAAUUAUUACCUAAAUUUUCCGAAGCUGAAUUAGUUCGUUCAAGAAAUCCAGAAGAUUGGGAAUCAAGUGAUAUUGUAGUUGAUGUUAGUGGGAAAUAUGAUGGAAUUAAAUAUUUCGAUCAUCAUCAACGUGAAUUUAAUACUACUUUUAAUGAUAAAUAUCAAACUAAAUUAUCUUCUGCUGGGUUAGUUUAUAAACAUUUUGGUAAAGAUAUUAUUAAACAUGUUUUGAAAUGGGAUGAUAGUAAUCCAAAUGUUGAAUUAUUAUAUGAUAAAAUUUAUAAAGAAUUCAUUGAAAGUUUGGAUGCUAAUGAUAAUGGUGUAAAUAAUUAUCCAAAAGAUAUUUCUCCAAAAUUUACUGAUAAAAACAUCACAUUACCAGCAAUUGUUUCUAAAUUAAAUCCAAGUUGGAAUGAAAGUUGUACUGAUGCCGAUUUUGAUCGUCAAUUUUUGAAAAGUAGUGAAUUAAUGGGUACUGUUUUCUUAAAUUUAUUAGAAGGUUAUGGUAAUAGUUGGAUUCCUGCUAAAACCAUUGUUGCUAAAGCAUUUGAAAAUAGAUUCAAUGUUGAUAAAUCUGGUGAAAUUUUAAUCUUGGAUCAAUUCUGUCCAUGGAAAGAACACUUGUACAAUAUUGAAAAAGAAAAUAAUGCUGAAGGUGAAAUUAAAUUUGUAUUGUUUAAAGAUUCUACCGGUAAAUGGAGAGUCUCAACUGUUUCUGUUACUUCCACUUCAUUUGAGUUCAGAUUGGGACUUCCAGAAGAAUUAAGAGGUUUAAGAGAUGAAGAAUUGAGUAAAGCUGCCGGUGUUGAAGGAUGUAUCUUUAUUCAUGCCGCUGGUUUCAUUGGUGGUGCUCAAACUGAAGAAGCCGUUUUGAAAUUAGCUAGAAUGUCUUUAGAUAAAAAGAACUAA